CUCCUUGGCUAAUUCCUAGUAUCCCUGUUCCAACUCCUACUCGGGGAUGAUAGCUCUAAGAGGUGUUAGGGGAUUAGACUGAAAAUGUAGGUCACCCCCCAGCCAUCUGGGAAGUAGGAUGAGUGCGAGGAGGAGAGAGGGGCAGAGACGAACACAGGGAAAAGGUGAGAGGGAGCAGAGGACAUGUGAGGGCAGUCAUGGAAGUGUCUCCAAUGCACUGGAGGCGAUUCGAUUUCAGUGUCCCCUACUGGCUGGGAAGAAAGAUGCCCAGUUCCCGUUCUCUUCUGUUCUCCCCCUACACUGUGCUGCCUGUCCUGGGGCUGUCAGCAAGGAUGGGAGAAGCUGAAGGCCCUGGGGAUUCCCCCUGGGGAAAGUUGCUUAUCUUUCUGAUGCGAUGGCUGUGAGGCCAGUCAGGGUGAAGGUGGGAUUAGGGGCAGAAAUGUGAGGAUGCUUGGAAACAGGAAACCCACGCCCCAGACUGGCUGAGUGUGGGUUUGGGAGAGCCCAUACACCAGAGACACAGAUGAGGGGCCUUAGAGCCUUGUGGGGAGGGGUCCUGGGAGCUUGCCUGGCCCUCUUUUCCAGGGCUGGGCUCUAAGUGGUUGAGAAGUGAGGCUGUGUUCACGGAGCGGGUGAUGGUUGGGGUCAUCUGCCCUGGGGAACUGAGCACAUGUUGGAUCAUCAGCAAGGAGCUUUUCCUUUGAGAACAGGCAUCCUUGAUACUUGUCCCUUCCUCUCCUACCCCUCAACCCCCCAGGCUGAGAUAUGCAAAUCAUCCUCUUACCUCAUUGGCUGAGGCCUAAGGACCAUAGCUGAGCUCAGGGAGCUGGCCCUUUAAGAGUGCCCUUUGGGCUCUGUGCCCACUGCCCCCUCGUUCUGAGCACAGAGGCACCUGGGCCUGCUCCAUGGAGCCUCCAGUCUCUGGGAAAACUGUGGCUGCCUGGCUCUGACACUGACCACAGCAUCUCUGCGACCCCCUAAAGUGCACCUCCCUAGCCCAGCCCCAGAAUGGCGCUGCCCCCCAGCCCCCUGGCUAUGGAAUAUGUCAAUGACUUCGACCUGAUGAAGUUUGAGGUAAAGCGGGAGCCCUCUGAAGGGCGCGCUGGCCCUCCCACAGCAUCACUGGGCUCCACACCUUACAGCUCGGUGCCUCCAUCGCCCACCUUCAGUGAGCCAGGCACAGUGGGCGCCCCUGAGGGGCCCCGGCCAGGCCUGGAGGAGCUGUACUGGCUGGCUACCCUGCAGCAGCAGCUGGGGACUGGAGAGGCACUGGGUCUGAGUCCUGAAGAGGCCGUGGAGCUGCUGCAGGGUCAGGGCCCAGUUCCCAUUGAUGAAACCCAGGGCUACUAUGCAGAGAGCCCAGAGGAGAUGGGAGCCCAGCAUGCCCAGCUGGCCGAGCGGUUUUCGGACGCGGCUCUGGUGUCGAUGUCAGUGCGGGAGCUGAACCGGCAGCUGCGGGGCUGCGGGCGCGACGAGGCGCUGCGGCUGAAGCAGAGGCGCCGGACGCUGAAGAACCGCGGUUAUGCGCAAGCCUGUCGCUCCAAGCGGCUGCAGCAGCGGCGCGGGCUGGAAGCCGAGCGCGCCCGUCUGGCCGCCCAGCUGGACGCGCUGCGGGCCGAGGUGGCCCGCCUGGCCCGGGAGCGCGACCUCUACAAGGCUCGCUGUGACCGGCUGACCUCGAGCGGUCCCGGGUCCGGGGACCACACCCACCUCUUCCUUUGAGCCAUUUGGGCUGGGGGGAGGGCGGGUGCGGGAGGAUGGAGUAGAUGGGUAGGUGGGAGGCGACUGCACAGUUCUUUGGAUUGUUACCCAGCGCCUUCUGGUCCCAUGGAGUCCUUGUAUGGUCACACAAAUACCCCCAAACUUCUUGGCCCCUCCAGGCACACCAGAGGUUAGAUGCUGGUCAUUUUCUGGGAGAGGGGUCCCCUCCUCUCAUGAAAGGCAUACCAGAAACCCAGUCAUGAUGAGCACGAAAAUCUGCAGGGCCAGAGCCGGCGAGGGCAGGGUGGGGGAGGGCGCACAGGUGCAGUGACUGGGUGACACAGUGAAUGGAAGUGAGGGACUGGUGCAGCUAUCUCCCACCCCCAGUUUAGUUUUUAUUUCAAUAAGGUUUUCAACCUGUAGUGCUUUAAGGCUGUGAUUAGCAAUGAGGCAGUAUUUUCAUUCUGAGGCCUGUAACCUGCCCCUUUUAGGACUGCUGCAUUUGCAAGGUUUCAAUUCCCAGCAGCAAGACAGACAUAAAUAAGCCCAACAUGGUUAGGAACUGUAUCCAGGAUGCUUUUCCCCUGCCCACCCCAGAGGCCUUCAGAGGCCAGAGCAGCAAAGGUGUGAAGAGUGAGCUCUGUGGGUGGUUGGCGUGGGAAGGGAGAGAGCCCUGGGCGGGAGUCCGGAGACCUGGGCACUGGUCCCAGCUCCGUCAUGGGAUUCCUCUGUCACCUUGAGCAGAUCAAUUUCUCCCUGGGCCUCAGUUACUUCACUGAAUCCUCAUUUGGAAUGGACGACACCUGAUACCUUCCCAGUUCUGGCAUCUUCCCAGUGUGGGAGUCCCAGUGGUCUCCCCAAGAAGCCCCCCAAGACAACCUCACCAAAAAGGCCCCUUGCCUGCCGCAGCUUCCUGGCCAGCACGCUGUGAGUGCGAGAGCAGCCCGGGUGAGCCUGCAUGGGGGACCCCUGCUACCUUUCUGAGGGCUGGAGUGAGACUUUUCUCAGGAUAACAAGGAACGGAGGAGAGAGUGCAGCUUUUGUGAAUUAAACUUGAAGUCCAGACAGAA